AUGACCUCGUCUUCCUCUUCUUUUCUCGUUCGCUGGAUGCGACAUGCCUCCCACCAAUCCCCGUUCCUUCACAGAGCAUCCACGUCCGCCUUCUCUCACUCCCCGCUUAUGCCAACCAGAUCAUACUAUUCCAGCGGAGGAGCGUUACAAACUUACUAUCCUCGGUCCGGAUUACGAUUGUCUCCAUUAUUGAUACGAUCGAAACCGCAUGCUACUUCAUUUUCCGCCUCCUCAUCCCGCCGAAAAGCCAAAACCAUUCAGCAAUUAAAAGCUCGCGCCGCAACGGGCCCAUUCUCAUGGAAAGCUGCAGUCUUAUUUGUCGCAACGGGUGUGACGAUGAUAUUUUACUUUCGUUAUGAGAAAGAGAGGCUUAAUCGUAAGAGGAUUGCUGAGAUGAGCAAAGGUGUGGGCAGGCCGAAAGUUGGCGGACCAUUCGUCCUCAAGGAUUUGGAUGGAAAUGAAUUCACGGACGAACAACUGAAGGGGAAAUACAGCUUUAUUUAUUUCGGCUUCACUCAUUGCCCGGAUAUUUGCCCAGAUGAACUCGACAAAAUGGCCGAGAUAAUCGAUCUUGUAAAAUCUAGAUCGAGCAACAAAUCUGUUCUCCGGCCCAUCUUCAUUACCUGCGACCCAGCCCGUGACAGCCCCGAAGUGCUGCGCAAAUACCUAGCAGAAUUCCACAAGGGUAUUAUAGGCCUGACGGGCACGUACGAGCAGGUGAAGCAUGUGUGCAAACAAUAUCGCGUCUAUUUCAGCACGCCGGAGAACGUGAAGCCUGGAGAGGAUUAUCUUGUGGACCACAGCAUUUAUUUCUACCUAAUGGAUCCGGAUGGAGAUUUCAUUGAAUGUAUCGGACGCCAAGACACUGCAGAAACCGCAGCCAACACCAUUCUUGCUCAUAUAAAGGAUUGGAAGAGGGAAGGGAAACCACUUAACACUAAAGAGGAGUAA